AUGGAUAAUCGGAAUUUUGUUGUUUCUGUGGUGUAUGCCAAGUGUAAUCUUGUAGAAAGAAGAGAACUCUGGAGAGUGCUACAAUUAGACGCGGUCCAAGAUGAACCUUGGUUAUGCCUAGGUGAUUUUAAUACUAUUCGAGGGGAGGAGGAACACUGUGGUGGUAGACCAAGACUGAGAGCUGCCAUUGAUGAGUUUAAUGAGUUUAUUGAUAAUUAUGGUUUCAUUGAAAUGAAAACUGUUGGAAGUAAAUUCUCUUGGUGUAAUGGUCAGAGGGGUUUAGCUCGGAGUUGGUUGAAAUUAGACAGAUGCUUAAUGAAUGUUGUGGCUGCGGAUGUUUUUCCUAAUGCUUGCUGUAAAUAUAUGGCUCGCUCAACUUCCGAUCAUACACCUUUGUCUUUUGUUUUUAAGAAUUUGGGUACUCGUUAUGGGCCUUCCUCCUUUAAAUUUCAGCAAAUGUGGCUAGAAACUCAACUUCAGGUGGGUUUUUCAGAAGAUGUAGAGCGGGAUCUACUAGUGGCCAAGGAAGAUCUUGAGAUGUGGCUGCAAAGAGAAGAAACUAGGCUCUCACAACAUGUGAAGCUUAGGUGGAUGGAAAAAGGGGCUGUGGAUUAUUUCAAUUUGUUUCUACAGGCUCGGGCUCGUAGAGAGCUUCCUGAUUUAUCAUAUUUGCUCCCUUCGAUCCAAGAAGUUAAAGUGGCUAUGUUUUCCAUUCCGGUUGACAGUAGUCCGGGCCCAGAUGGCUUUGGUUCUGGUUUCUAUAGAGCUUGCUGGGAUAUUGUUGAAGAUGAUGUAGUGGCAGUGGUUCGGGAUUUCUUCAUUGGCAAUUCAAUGCCGAGAUUCUAUUCAGCAUCUUAUAUUGCUCUCAUUCCGAAAAUGCAGAAGCCUACUGGUUUUGAUAAGUUCCGCCCUAUCAGUUUAUGUUCAGUGAUGUACAAAGUGUUUUCCAAAAUCCUGGUUCGCAGAUUAUCCCCUAAUUUGAAUAAAAUUAUCUCUCCGGAACAAGGUGCUUUUCUUCCUGGGAGAAGUAUCUUUGAAAAUAUUUCUUUGGCUCAAGAAAUGAUACACAUGCUUAAUAAGAAGGUUAGAGGAGGUAAUACUUUUAUUAAAAUAGACAUGGCCAAGGCUUACAACAGUAUAGAUUGGGACUUCUUAAUUCAUGUUAUGGCUUCAUUUGGGUUUUCUGAGCGGUUCUGUAGCUUGAUCAGAACUUGUAUUUCAACUCCUUGGUUCUCGGUGGUUAUGAAUGGUUUGGCUAAAGGUUUUUUCUCUAGUGGGCGUGGAUUGUGUCAAGGUGACCCUCUUUUGCCUUAUUUGUUUAUCCUCGUUGAGGAGGUACUUUCUAGACUUUUAAAGCACAAGUUCACUAAUGGGAAUAUUGUCCCGUUCUCGCAUCCCCGAGGUACGCCUCUUGUUUCUCAUCUUUUAUAUGCUGAUGAUAUUGUGUUAUUUGUAAAUGGUAGAAGAUCUUCUCUUCAAGAAGUCAGGGAUAUUUGUGCGACAUACGAAGAAUGGUCUGGUCAAAUGGUGAGCAAGGAAAAAUCUUGUAUCUUUUUCUCUAAACAUGCGGCUGUGGGUCGGAAAAGGAGUUCUUUAAUGUUGACAUCUUUCUCUGAAGGGUUUUUCCCGGUAAAGUAUUUGGGUGUUCCUCUAAUGGCUGUCAUGACAGCCUUAAAUCGUAUUAUGAGUAAUUUCUUCUGGGGUUCCUGGAAUGGAAAGCAAAAGCGUAAGUGGGUGGCUUGGGAAAAGAUUUGUUCUCCGAUUCGAGAAGGGGGUUUGGGUCUUCGGAAAUUAAAGGAAGUUCAAGACUCUUUGUUUAUGAAGCUUGCUUGGAAUUUGUUGACAGGUGACUCGUUAUGGGCUAAUUUUUUCAAGCAAAAGUAUGUAAAGAAUCAGCAUGUGACGUUGGUAGACCAACAGAAAGGAACUUUAUUUUGGAAGCACAUUGUGGGUAUGGUCCCAAAGGUCUUGGGCAAUUCUUGGUGGCGAGUUCGGAAUGGUGAUGUGUCUUUUUGGAGAGAUCCUUGGCUAAAAUCGGGAGCUCUUUUUAAUUCUUGUGAGAUAAUUGAAUAUCCCCUGCUAAGAGUAAGGGAAUGUAGGCUUCAACAUGGAUGGGAUGUGGAUUUGUUAUAUCAUUUGGUGGGGGAAGUCAAAAUGGAAGAAAUUCUAAAUUGCCUAGGGGAACAAAAAGAGGGUGGGGAUUUAUUGAUUUGGAAGCCAAAUCUGAAUGGGGUUUUUUCAUCAAAAUCGGCUUGGGAUUGUGUUCGUGUUCGUGCACCGAAAUCUGAAUGGGCUUCUUGGAUUUGGCACUCAGCGCUUCUAAAAAGAUAUUCAGUUACUAUUUGGAAGGCUUUUAAUUCUAGCCUUUCUGUUGAUAGUAGAAUUAGCUCUUUGGGCAUCCCUUUGGUUUCUAAGUGUGAAUGUUGUACACAGGGGUGUGUGGAAGAUCAGGAUCAUGUUCUCGCAACUGGGAAGAUUGCUGGCGCUAUAUGGAGGUAUGCCUCUCUACAGCUGGGGAUUCCAUAUGACCCUCAGAGAUCAUGGAGAGCAACUGUGGAAGUAUGGUUUCGGCGUGCAACUCAUUCGACUCAAAAAGGUACUUUGAUUGCUCUUAUUCCUAUUAUUGUGACUUGGUCUCUUUGGGUGUGGAGAAGUAAAGCACGUAUGGAAGGUAAAAGAGUUGCUGUGAGUUCUCUCUGGAGUUCCAUUAAGGCGGCAGUUGCAUGGGUGGGAGUCCGCCUACGUGCUAGUAGAAAGAUGAAUGAUGGAGAUGAAAAAGUGUUAAAUUUUUUUUCUAUUCCUUUGAAACCUGUGAAGAGAAAGGAAAUUCAUUUUGUGCGAUGGGUGAAACCGGCCGUGGGUUGGUUCAAAUUAAAUGUGGAUGGGAGUUCGUUAGGAAAUCCAGGACGUAUGGGUGCAGGGGGAACGAUUCGAGAUGAGAAGGGGAAUCUUACUUGGGCCUUCGCAAAAGAUCUGGGUCAUGGCUCUAAUAAUGAAGCUGAGCUUAUUGCUCUUUUUUAUGGUCUCCAAUACUGUAAGGACCUAUUCAUUCGAAGAGUGGAGAUUGAACUAGACUCGUUGCUGGUGGUUCAUUGGUUAGAAAAAGGGAGGUGUGGUAUAUGGUAUCUUGAAGAUUACUGGGAAAAGAUUCAAUCGAUUCUUGCUACUUUGGAGUUUAAGGUAAAACAUACUUAUCGAGAAGGCAAUGCAUGA